GGGGAAGGGGCCCCGGCGGAUAAAGAUGGCAAUGUCUCUCAUCCAAGCGUGCCGCAGUCUGGCUCUCUCAACAUGGCUGCUUUCCUUUUGUUUCGUGCAUCUGCUCUGCCUGGACUUCACCGUGGCUGAGAAGGAGGAAUGGUACACCGCCUUCGUGAACAUCACCUACGCGGAGCCCGCGCCGGACCCCGGGCCCGGAGUGGCGGGCGGCGGCGGCACGGAGCUGCACACCGAGAAGACUGAGUGCGGGCGCUACGGGGAGCACUCGCCCAAGCAGGACGCCCGCGGGGAGGUGGUCAUGGCCAGCUCGGCCCACGACCGCCUAGCCUGCGACCCCAGCACCAAGUUCGCCGCCCCGGCCCAUGGCAAGAACUGGAUAGCCCUCAUCCCCAAGGGCAACUGCACGUAUAGGGAUAAGAUUCGGAACGCGUUCCUGCAGAACGCCUCCGCGGUGGUCAUCUUCAACGUGGGCUCCAGCACCAACGAGACCAUCACCAUGUCCCAUGCAGGUGUAGAAGACAUCGUGGCAAUAAUGAUUCCUGAGCCAAAAGGGAAGGAGAUAGUAAGCCUGCUGGAAAGGAACAUCACGGUGACCAUGUACAUCACCAUUGGAACCCGGAACUUGCAGAAAUAUGUGAGCCGUACUUCGGUUGUGUUUGUCUCCAUCUCCUUCAUCGUCCUGAUGAUCAUAUCCCUCGCAUGGCUGGUCUUUUAUUAUAUCCAGAGGUUUCGAUAUGCAAAUGCCAGGGACAGGAACCAGCGCCGACUGGGAGAUGCGGCAAAGAAAGCGAUCAGCAAGCUCCAGGUCAGAACCAUCAAGAAGGGUGAUAAGGAAACAGAGCCCGAUUUUGAUAACUGUGCAGUUUGCAUCGAAGGAUACAAGCCCAAUGACAUUGUGCGGAUCUUGCCCUGCCGGCAUCUUUUCCACAAGUCCUGCGUUGACCCCUGGCUUCUAGACCAUCGCACCUGUCCCAUGUGCAAGAUGAACAUUCUUAAAGCCCUAGGGAUCCCGCCCAAUGCCGACUGCAUAGAUGACUUGCCCACCGACUUCGAGGGAUCUCUAGGAGGCCCACCCACCAACCAGAUCACAGGCGCGAGCGACACCACUGUGAAUGAAAGUUCAGUCACCCUGGACCCUGCCGUCCGGACAGUGGGAGCCUUGCAGGUGGUCCCGGAUACAGAUCCCACCCCGCAGGAAGGAGAAGUCAUCUUUACCACUAACAGCGAGCAGGAGCCAGCUGUAAGCAGUGAUUCUGACAUCUCGCUGAUUAUGGCAAUGGAAGUUGGACUGUCUGAUGUAGAACUUUCCACUGACCAAGACUGCGAAGAGGUUAAGUCUUGAAACGGUGACUAUAGAACAAAGGGGUGGUAGGACCCAAGGGGAAGGGAGGGAGGAGGACCUCAAGAAUUGGACCCGGCUACACACACCUCCAGAACCACUUGGUAACUCCACGGCGCUCCGCUCAAGAAUGGUAAUGAAAGCAAUAUCCAAAGUCAUGUUAAUCAGGAAGCCGUCUCUCCAACUGUACAACAGUCCAUGGCCUUGGCAGCUGGGAAGUUGAAAGCUGAUUUUCCCUCCCAUGUCCUUGUAGACACACUUCAGGAGCUCCUAAAACAGACCGAAAGGACAUGCUUAGGGCUUCUUAGUUUUAUUUCCUUUUCUUCCAGGUCUUGUUUUGUUGUUUGGGGAAUGUUGUUUGAUUUCUUUGGCAGUUUCUUUCUAAAGACUGUGUGCAGUUUACAUGAUGUCCACCCCUUCGGUUGACUCCAGCUUUUGUACAGAGUUCUGUUCGAAGCAGCAGUUCCUGCUGUGACCGGUUUGUACAUGGUCUCGGAGAUGAACGGCCUUGACCUCUCGGCAUGAAGUGUGCUUGGCUUUGGGACGUGCCUCAGCACCCCGAAACGGUCUAAGGCCAGCUUUCCUUAAGAAUCUAAGUUCUUUCAAGUGGAUCUUAAAGAUCCUAGCUGCCAGAGACCCCAACACUAAGCUCUGAAUCCACUGAGACUACCACUCAUCAUUUGCAUUCACAUCACGCUGGCUCCCACUUGCCAGGCUCUGUUAAUGGCCCCCGUGACGUAAGAAGCAAGCUUCAUUUUUGCCUGGAUCUUACAGUGUUUGACUGAAAUUCCAAACUCAGAAGUCCCCUCUGGGCUGUAGCGCUGUUCUUCAUGACUGUAGGACUUGUAGCUGGGACCGCAAGCCCGUUUUUAAGACCAGUCACCGCAUAUUCUUCCCCAAAGCAAAAUGUCUGUUACAGUGGUGUCCGCAAGGCUGAAACCGUCUUUUGUUCUUGUUCCUUCCACAAGUGGCUUCUGUAGGUGAUGGAGGCUUCAGAAGAGACCCAGUCCUCUGGGAACCCUGUGUCAAACACACUGGGUUCUCCCAGGUGUGCGAGCACCUGGGUUUUCCCUUAAUCCCAACACACCUGGGUUAAACCUCACCAGAUCUCAAGGAAGGGUUCAUGGGAAUCCUUGGCAGCUUGCUUCCUGGGCUCCCCAAGUACAUCUAAAUCUCAAGUGAGGAGGGACGUGUGAUCUGAUAAACCAUUUGGUCUAAAAAGUACAGCAUGGGGAAUUUGCUAACCAAGUCUCUCCUAACGGAGAGAGACAAAGAGGGAGAGGAAAAGAGGCAUCCAAUGGAU